GGAAGGAAAGCUAUUCUGUUACUAUGGUGAGCACUGGGGACGCGGCCGUUUUAAAGUGUUAGUCUGUACGGCGAAUGGAAAAUGUCGCCGCCUGUCUCAGUGUUGGUGGAAGGAAAGCGUAAACAGAAUCCUGCCGCCACUGUGAGAUUUAAACCUUCGCGACUGGUGGUGAACCAAGCAGUACUGGCCGAAAGGAACCCAAGCGCAAUUGCACCAGUGGGAGCCUGGGUGGAAUGUGCCCCUAAUGAUCAUUAUGAAUGCGAAGGCAGGGCCAUGGUAUCUGCUCAGCUACUGGAAGAACAACUGUUACAGUAUGAAAAAGAAAAACAAGAACGGUUAAAGCAUUUUCAAGGAGAAGUAAAGCGUAGGGUCAAUCAACAUGCAAGACUGAAGAAAAAACAGCAACUUCAAAAAUCUUAUGAUGCAAUUAUGAAGGAAGGUUUUGCUUUGAAACAAUCAUGUGAGGCUGCAGUGCUUUUGAGUCCGAAAAAGAAUACCUGUACUUACCGAAAUACAAAGGUUGCCAUUUGUAGUCCUUGUUCCCAGUGGGUUUCAACCCAAAAAAUACAUGAAGAGGAGGAGGAAAAUGAAAAUAGAAAUAAAUUACUUAAAAACCAUACACACUUGCUAAGCAAGACUAUGAAGCAUGUAAGACACAGACUAGCAGCCUUGAAGACUGUGGAGGGAGAUGAGUUAACUCUUCCUGGUGGCAUCUGGAAGGUCUCACCCACUAGAGAUAAUCCAGUAUCUCGGCAAUCCACUGUCAUGCACCAGACUGAAGAAGAUCUUGAAGAGUUGUUCCUGACUGGAUAUCAUGACCUCCCAGUGGAACUACUGGCGCAGAACUCAGAUGCCCCCUUGUCAGAGAUGGGAUAUAUUAAGACUUCUAAGAAUCUUUUGAAGCCUACAUGCAGUCGUUUAAUGAAGGAGUCUUACCCCACUGGUCCUUCCCCAGCAUUUAGCACAGAUUACCGUGCAGCACUUGUUCUUCGACCAGGUGUUGAUGAGGAGGAGAACCGAAAGCAGCGGCAAAACCAGUAUCUCAUGUACAGACGACUGUUUAUGGACAUUGAAAGAGAACAAGUGAAGGAAAUUAAAAGGCAAAAGGAGCAUGAGAAGAAAAUUAAAAAAAUUAAAAGAGAGCGAGAAUUCCAAAGGCAAAUAGAGGAGCAGCAAUUGCUUGAUGAAGCAGACCAGGUCAAUGAAAAUUUACACGAAAAGCAAACUGAGUUGUCAAAUCUUCACAAUGAGCCAGAAAAACAACCAGAAAAUGGAGAGAAAACACAGAGGAACAUAGAAUACGUUCGGUAUGUUGCAGCUUUAAGAGCGCAGAUGAAGGAAAAGAUUCAACUGCAUAAAAUUGAAUUGCCACCAUUAUGUUGUUGUGGCUCAAAUUUUUGGGAGUCACAUCCAGACACGUGUGCAAACAACUGUGUUUUUUACAAGAAUCCAAAAGCCUAUGUUCGAGCCUUACAGUCUGUGAUCUCUUCGCAUGACAUGUGGGAUGGAAAUUUAAGCUCCAGAUUCUAACCGGUAGCAUCACUUCUGCAGAAAACAGAAAAACAUGGACAAGUGCCUGAAAUAAUUUAAAUUGCACAUCUUAUUUAUUGGAUCUUUAGUCUUUUCUAGAACUGCUCUGUCUUAGAUAGAAUUUAUUUACAUGAAUUAAGUAAUAAAAAUAGAUAUAAACCUAGUUCGAGGUUUACAAAAUGUUUACAAUAAUACAUACAACAUCUAUUAAGUUUACCACUUCGGUUGAUAUUUAAAAAUAUCACCAAUGUUUUCACUAAGGAAGUCAUUCUAAGUGAUUCUAAUUACCUUUCUUGUGGAAUAAUUUAGUGUUUUCUCAAAAAUGCAUGGUUGACCUAUAUUUAUAUAAAAACUAAUUGAGUGAGUUGAACUUUGUUUUCAUUGUUAUCCUAGAGCUGAUCAAACAUAUAUUAAAAGCAAGAAAACGAUA